AUGGAGUGGGAUCCUAGUCGUUUCUUCAGUGCCUCUGGGAGCCCGUCUCCGUAUGCUCUGCUGAUCCUCCAUCAGCCAAUCAACCACAAAGCAUUUGAUGCCUUGAGCAGACAUGCAUCGUAUAUCAUAUGCGCUGAUGGAGGCGCAAACAGACUUUAUGAUAUGAUGGAGGCCGUUGGUGCAGAAUCUAAGAACAUACCGGAUGCCAUCAUGGGUGACUUGGAUUCUCUUCGCCCAGCAGUUAAAGAGCACUAUGAGAAGCUUGGCGUGACUAUCAUCAAAGACCCAGAUCAGUACUCGACAGACUUCACCAAGUGUUUAAAACAUCUCAAUGCACAUGCUGCAGAGAUUAUUGCCUCGCCUCGCCAAGGAAAUAGCCCGGCAAGGGUAAACGGCAAAAAGAAACCUGAGAGCGACUCAAACCCAGCAUCUUCAGCAGAGCAAUCACCUCUGGAGAUUGUGAUUCUAGGAGGCCUCGGCGGGCGAGUGGACCAAGCCUUUUCCCAAGUCCACCAUCUUUACAUGAUGACCCAGUCGCAGCGUGAAAUUCGCAAGAGUCAAACCAGCUCUCCCAGCAUCGACAACAGACCAGCUGCAGGUGGAAGGCUGUAUCUCGUGUCCGAAGAGAGCAUCACGUUCAUUUUACAUGAAGGCAAGAACACAAUUUAUACGCCGGCCACCAACCGCGCAGAUGUCGCGAAGCAAUCGGCGUCUGAGUCAAACGGAUCACCCUCAGCGAAGAAACGCAAAUUAGACGGACCGGAGCCGGAAUACAUGUUCGAAGAAAACAUUGGCAUUAUUCCAAUUACGGCACCUGCGGUCAUAACAACACAUGGCUUUGAAUGGGAUGUUCAGGAUUGGCAUACCGAGAUUGGAGGACAGUUGUCCACCAGUAAUCAUAUCCGUGCUGACAAGGUGGAGGUUGAGACAUCGACUUCGGUGUUGUUCACUUUAGAAUUAGCCGAGAGGCUGAAGAGGCGAUCAUGA